UAAACCUUUUCCCAGUCUCCCUUCAUAUUUGUAAUCUAUCAGUUUGCAGUAUUUCCUUUGCAAUUUCUUGCACCUUUUUUUUGGUGUGGUGCUGUGACCAGAACUGUGCUGAAGAAACUUUAAACUGAGUCAGAUUCAAUGAGAGAUGAUCAUUUCCACCAAAGAAAAUGAAGUAAUUUGAAUGUUAGGUAAAAUCUAUUCAUGUUGCUGCAGAAAACAAUUACCUAUUCAUAAAAAUUGAAAGAAUGCUCUGGUGAGAAAAGAUAGUUAUUUUUGAAGGUGUAACUUGAAUUUGUGUGAAAGCUACUUGGCUCUACUUCAAUAUAAAUUAAUAAGAUUAAAAAUUAUGAAACAUUUUCUAUCUGCUGCUUACCAUAAUGAGUUAUAUUGAAAUGAGUCUUUAUGAUAGAUUUUUUCUUAAUGCAGGCAUACAUUUUUGCAGUAUUUAUUCCACACCCAAAAUCAGUCAAAAGUGCAAGUAUAACAAACAAUUUACAAAUUUUCAUUGAAGUCGUGAUCAGAAAGAACUUGCUGCAAGUGCCGGUAAUUUUAGAAAUAACAAUUAUUAACUCUUUAUCACAAAAAAAAUUAUGCCGAGCGGGGACUACCUUGUAAUACUUGAUUCCUUCUUCUCCAUAUUAUCAGGUUCUUAAACCGAACUGAAAAUCAUUAACGCUGUCAGACUAUAUUUUUGAACUUGCAAUUGUGCAUUUGUAUUUAUAUUGUCGUGUAAUUUACGUUUAUAUUGGUAAUAUAUUCUGCUACUGCGAAAAGCUAAUGUUCAUAAUUUACCCUGUGUAAGUACGCCGAAGACGAUAAAUUUGGAACUUGAUUAGUCGACAGCAAACAUAGGGAAAUUAUGAGAGAUGUUGUCAAACACUUAACAGCCUUGCGGAGCAGAAAAUAUCACUUGGGGCGGAGGGCAGGCCUCUUAUUAGAAAAGAAAUACUAUUAUGUAAGGCAGAAUAAUUCCUCCUCCAUAACGCUCCUCGACAAUUAGUUUUAAGAGACACCCAGAGAAAUGUGAAUAUCCAAAAAAGACGAGUCAGAGGGUCACUUGAAGUAUAUCCGCGCUUUGGCUAACAGGGUAUAUUGAACGCAAAUAAUCAAUUAACGAGCUGAUUUCAACGUUAAGAAAGAGCAGGGCAACCUGAGGGAAGAGCGAGCGAGCUGAACUCUCACCGCCGUCAGCCCGCCGCCAUCUCGCGGUGACGUUGCAGGAAGGCGGCAGCGGAUCGAUAUAAUCGCUCCCCUCCAUCUUCUUCACUCCCCAAAACACUGAUCUGCUGCCGCCACACCGGAGUCUCUCCCCCCCCCCCCCUUUAUUUGCAUUAACGCCGACCCGCGUUUUUCCAUCCACCGUGUUUAUUACCAUCCGUGGCCCCCCACCAAAAGCAGCAGCUUUCCUCUGCAGUCGCUCUUUGGUCGGCCUUUCAUCCAUUGCACCCACCCCCCCCCUUCCUCGUUACUGACGCUUGGAACUCUUUUUCCAUCCGCGUAUGUGUACGGCCGACUGAGGCCGGCCUCAGCACUCCCUCAAUGGCGACUGAAAAUCUUGAUUAAAGAGACUGGAGGCGGCCGGGCCCGGGGCUGAGCGAAACAGCGGCGGGAUAAUUCUGUUCCGUAUAUAAAAUCACACAAUAUACAGGGAAAAAUAUUCAAAAAUAUACAUAAUUACAAACAAAAACUCAUGUAUUAAAAUCCUUCUUUGAAAUUCAAGUACACAAUUAAAAAAAAAUAAGGAAAAAUGGCCGAGACAACCGCUAUCUCUUCAUUAGAAUCAGAGCUCUACUUCCUAAUCGCUCGCUUUCUCUCGGCCGGUCCUUGCCGAAAUUCGGCGGAGGUGAGUGGUUUUUCUUUCAAUUUAAUAGCUCGGGCAACAGGACAACCAUCUUCAGUUGUUACACCAACGAAUAAAAUAUUUUUCUGUCUAUUUUGGCAGGUACUGUUGCGAGAGCUGGAGGAGAAAGAGCUGCUCCCAAAGCGUCUUGACUGGGAAGGUAACGAACACCACAGAAGCUAUGAAAACUUUCUUUUAUCAAAUCGGCACGUGCCGCCUGAUUUCCUGCUACGGAUAUGCCAACGAAUUGGCACGUUGCUGGAUAAGGAAGUUCCUCCAAGUGUGUCUGGAGUACAGUCCCUUCUUGGAGCAGGGCGACAAUCAUUGCUUCGAACUGCAAAAGAUUCCAAACAGGUAGUAUGGAGAGGCACAGCUUUUGCAUCUCUUCACAGAGGGAGACCACCUGAAAUGCCUGUUUGUUAUGGGAAACCACCUAGCGUGGUGGAAAUUGUCCGUGGCAGACAGUUGACAGGAUAUGGACGUUUUAGUUCAAUUUUUCCAACCAGCACCUUUCAGCAUAUAAAGAUGCAUCGGAGGAUUCUUGGACAUCUGUCUUCUGUGUAUUGUGUUGCUUUUGAUCGCACAGGUCACAGGAUUUUUACUGGCUCUGAUGAUUGUCUCGUAAAGAUCUGGGCCACACACACUGGUCGAUUACUCUCCACCUUGCGUGGCCACUCUACUGAAAUUUCUGAUAUGGCUGUGAAUUACGAGAACUCUAUGUUAGCUGCUGGCAGUUGUGAUAAGCUAAUUCGCAUCUGGUGCUUGAGAACAUGCGCUCCAGUAGCUGUGCUACAAGGACACACAGGAUCCAUUACUUCUUUGCAGUUUGGUCCAAUGAGUAAAGGCUCAGUCCGGUACAUGGCCUCUACAGGAUCUGAUGGGAGUGUGUGUUUUUGGCAGUGGGAUUCAGAUACACUAAAGUUUAAGAAUCAGCCAUUGAAGUUUACAGAGCGGUCGAGACCAGGCUCUCCAAUGAUUUGUUCCUCAUUUAGCAUUGGUGGUAUGUUUCUAGCAGCUGGCAGCAGUGAUCAUGUGAUUAGAAUAUAUUAUCUGGGAUCUGGAACACCUGAGAAGAUUUCUGAAUUAGAAUCUCAUGUGGACAAAGUAGACAGUAUUCAGUUCUCGAACAAUGGUGAUAGAUUUGUCAGUGGUAGCAGAGAUGGAACAGCACGAAUCUGGCAGUACCAGUCCCAAGAGUGGAGAAGUCUCUUACUGGACAUGAGUGCCAAAUUGCCAGGUGACGCUUGUCCAGGUGAUGAUAAGAUCACAAAACUUAAAGUAACAAUGGUGGCAUGGGACCGUCAUGACAAUACUGUAAUCACUGCUGUCAACAACCAUACUUUAAAGGUGUGGGAUUCUUAUUCUGGACAAUUGCUGCAUAUCCUAAUGGGUCAUGAAGAUGAAGUGUUUGUUUUGGAGCCUCAUCCAUUUGACUCAAGAAUAAUUUUGUCUGCUGGUCACGAUGGAAAUAUCUUUAUUUGGGAUAUUACUAAAGGAACAAAAUCUCACCAUUACUUUAACAUGAUUGAAGGCCAAGGUCAUGGUGCUGUAUUUGACUGCAAGUUUUCACCAGAUGGCCAGCAUUUUGCUUGCACUGACUCACAUGGACAUUUGCUUAUAUUUGGAUUUGGAUGCAGUAAAUUGUAUGAAAAGAUUCCAGAACAAAUGUUUUUCCAUACUGACUAUCGGCCAUUAAUUCGUGAUGGAAACAACUUUGUCUUGGAUGAACAGACUCAACAGGCUCCCCAUCUCAUGCCACCACCAUUUCUAGUGGAUGUGGAUGGGAAUCCUCAUCGAACAGAGUAUCAGCGAUUGGUGCCAGGACGUGAGAACUGUCAAGAUGAACAACUCAUACCACAGUUAGGAUAUGUGGCAACAGGUGAUGGUGGCGUUGUGGAGCAAGUAAUUGGGCAACAAACAAAUGAACAAGAUGAACAGAAUGCAGAACUUAGUAUUCUGGAUGGCCUAAUUCAAAAUUUGCAACAGGAGCAAGACCAACGGAUGGGAACUGAACAAAAUGGAUUAAAUAGUCCUCAUAACAGAGUCAGCACACAUGCAAGAGCUAUAAGGAACCCAAGCUCUGAUGUUUUGUCACCACCAAAUGUAGGAUUGCGUCGAAGUGGGCAGAUUGAGGGUGUUCGUCAGAUGCAUCAUAAUGCUCCUCGUAGCCAAAUAGCAACAGAAAGGGAUAUAAUGGCCUGGAAACGAAGAGUGGUGGUACCAGAAAUACCACCAAGUGUGAACAGCUUGCAGGAAGAUUUUAGGAUUGCCAAAAGUGAGGAGGAAAUUGUCCUAUAUGAAAGAGAGAAGAAAAAACGAUCUAUUUAUUCUGCACAAAGGAAUGAUUCCUUGGAUUCAUCUGAACGUACAAAAAGAAAAAUGAGGGGACGCCGUUGUGAGCAGCGUAAAUAUCGAACUCGAGCUGCUGUUGAAGAAUUGGCUGAAUUUUUCCAAGAGGAAGCAGAAGAAGUUAGCACAGAAGAAGAGAGUAAUUCAGCAGAGGGCAGUGGAGGCUCUUCAGAAGAGUGGCGGAGCGAAAGUAACAGCUCAAGUGAUUCAUCCAGUGAUUAUUCAGACUGGACAAUGAAUGCAGGAAAUAAUCUUCAGCCACCCAAAAGACCAAGCAGGCGGCGAGCUCCACGCUUACUGAGUAGCUCCGAUGAUGAACACGAUGAUAAAGCCAAUGAACUUUGGAAUAAAAAGAUAAAGAAACCCAAAGGAAGACCACGAAAGAAACCAAAUCUAUCAACUGGUGAUGGUUCAAUGUUAGAGGAAUGGCAUCCACCAAAGUGGAUUACUGACACUGUGCCGCGCAGAUCACCUUAUGUUCCGCAAAUGGGAGAUGAGGUUGUCUACUUUCGGCAAGGUCAUGAAGCUUAUGUUGAAGCUGUUAAAAAGGCUAAAAUAUACACCAUCAGUAAGCGCAAACAGCCAUGGCACAAGAUGGAACUUAGGGAUCAGGAAUUUUUGAAAAUUGUUGGGUUAAAAUAUGAAGUUGGCCCUCCUACACUAUGCUGCCUCAAGCUUGCCUUCAUAGACCACGAAACAGGCAAAAUUAUGGACAAAUCAUUUUCAGUUAAGUACCAUGACAUGCCAGAUGUGAUAGAUUUUCUUGUUUUACGUCAAUUUUAUGAUGAAGCAAGAAAAAGGAAUUGGAAAGCAAAUGACAAAUUCCGAUCUAUAAUAGAUGAUGCUUGGUGGUUUGGGACAGCAUUGAGUCAGGAGCCAUUCCAGGCAACAUAUCCAGAUAGUCAUUUCCAGUGUUACACUGUUUGCUGGGAGAAUAAUGAAAUUGAGAGGCUCAGUCCUUGGGAUAUGGAACCCAUUUCUGAAAAUGCCCAGUAUCCUGAUGAUCCAAGUGCUGGUGUUUCUGUGACUGUGGAAGAGCUAGAAGCUCUGCUGUACAAACCUCAAGAGGGAGAAUGGGGUGACAGAUCAAGAGAUGAAGAAUGUGAACGCAUUAUCAAGGGCAUUGAUGAUGUUCUGACACUUGAAAUAGCAGCUCCCUUUAAUGCACCUGUGGACCUUCGUGCAUAUCCUACAUACUGCAUGGUGGUUUCUUACCUCACUGACCUCAGCACUAUCAGAAAGAGAUUGGUCAAUCGGUUUUACAGGAGGAUCACUGCACUUGUGUGGGAAGUGAGGUAUUUAGAACACAAUGCGCAAACUUUCAAUGAACCAGACAGCCCUAUUGUUAAAUCAGCCAGAAGAAUCACUGAUCUACUUCUUAAGUUCAUUGAGAAAAGAGACUGUUAUGAUAUUUUUGAGAUUUGGAAUACAAUGGAGAAUUGUUCAGUGGACUCCCAAGAAGAGAACGAGGGUGGUGCUACAACCAGUGUUGCAGGGACAUCUACUCGGAGAAAUCACCUGAGGCCUGAAUUGGGUAGCAGUAUGAUUUGUGAUGCCAAUGCAUGGAAAUCUCAGUGCAGAAAACUGGUGGAGAUCCUAUUUCAGUGUGAGGAUUCUGAACCAUUCAGGCAGCCUGUGGACCUCGCUGAAUAUCCAGACUACAGAGAUAUUAUACACACUCCAAUGGACUUGGGAACUAUAAAAGAAGCAUUGGAAAUCGAAAAUUAUGAAAGUCCAAUAGAUUUUUGCAAAGAUGUGCGAUUAAUCUUUACUAACGCUAAAGCUUAUUCCCCAAACAAAAAGUCUAAGAUAUAUAGCAUGACUCUGAGACUGUCUGCAUUUUUUGAGAACCAGAUUCGAAAAAUCAUCUCUGAUUAUAAAACUGCUCAAAUGUACAAUAAAAGGAAUCAGCACAAAUGGAGAUGUAAGAAACGGAUACACAGCUCUGAUGCCUCUAGGUCAAGCAGUAGAGCAUCCAGUCCAGAGCGAAAAAAGAAACCAAUAAAGCCUCAAACAAAAGUUGAACAUCUUCGUAAAACUUCUACCUCAUUAAGCUCAUCUCAGAACAGUACAAGUGGCACUGGUGAUAGUGCCUCCAGUGAUGCUUCUGAGCAUUCUUCCACUUUACCCAGAGUAAGGAACACAAGGACCAGGGCACCUGCCUCAACGGUAAAGAAAGAAGGAAGAAAAGAUUUAUUGAAUGGGUCAGUUGGAUCAACAGUAUCAGAAAGUGGAGACUCCAGUGAAAGUUCUGCCGAAGAGAAUAAUUGUACUAAGAAAUCUUCAACCUCUUCAAACUUUACUGAAACAGAAUGUGUGGCAGGCAGCAGUAGGACAGUAAAAAAGCGAAUCUUAUCUAAACACAAAAUAGAAACAAGUGCUAGUGGUACUCGGAUAAAUGGACAUAAUAGAAAAUUGGUCCGUCAGACCACAGCAGCUAAAAAACGCAAGAUAUUGAGUGAUUCUGAGGAAGACUCGCAACCAGAAAGGGAUCAGGAGCUAUUUGGUGGUGUUAAGAAAAGAAAAAAUGUCAAUGUUGUGGAAGAUGAUGACUCUAUCUCUGAUAUCCAGGAGCAGCAGCCAGGGGAGGAGGUUGUUCACAGCAAAAGUAGUUCCAGUAGCAGAACCAGUUCUACAUCUGAAGGCAGCUCAAGCUCCAGUUCUGAAUCAAAAUCACAGACAGACCCUGAAUCUGGAUCAGGAUCUGCUUCUGACUUAGACAGUGAUUACAAUGUGAAAGCAAAGUCAAAAGUUAAAGUGAAAAAAAAAUUGAAAAAAGGUAGACCUAGAAAAGUUAAACAGAGAGGAAAAAAUAAAGCUGUCACUAAACAAGGCACCAACAGAUUAGAAUACAUGAAACAGCAGAAUAUCUUGGACAGUGAAGAGGAAGAGGGAGAUGAUGACGAUGACUCUGAUUAUGUCAAAAGGGAUUGUGUUUGUAGACCCUCUGCAAUAAGGACCAGAAAUCAAGGCAGAAGGACUGUAAGAUACGACGAUUAUGAUUCCGAUACGGAUGGUGUCUUACAUAAUGAGAAUAAUGGAAUAUCCAGGUCUGGACGUGUACGGCGGAUACCCAUGAGAGUGAGAGAUUGAGAAGCAGCCAUUUAUUGGCAUCGUACCACUGUGAAUUUUUUCUCUAGAAUUUCAGGGAUUAUAUUUAUAUUUUUUUCUGGAUUUAUUUUCUGAGGGGGUUGGAAGCUGGCUGUUCACAGAUACAAAAAAUCAUAAUUGACGCUGCAAACAUUAAGCACCAUUUAACAGCACAACAUACGGAAAAAGGACAUAAGGAACUCUAGUCACGUCUGUGGACCAUGCACGAAAAGAGUCUCUAACUUACAUUUGUCUUCUAUUGAACACUACAACAAAAUGUAUUUAUUUUUACUGCUUUGCGUGUACUUUAGGUCAGCUGUCUCUUCAGUAGUCCAAGUAGCUGUUUCCAAAUUUGGGUGCUGGAUUAUGAAUCAAAAAGGAUCAGUUUGCAUCCAUCUCACUAACUGUGAUAAUGACUCCAUGAAUUGAAUUUGUGUUCAAACGUUUUUUUCAAAAUUGUGUACUUUAAUACCAAUUUAGAAAUUAUUUUUGGAAGAGGAUGAGUUUAAGAGAAUGGAAUAGCACUGCAGUAUGGAAAAGAUGAGAGUUUCUUUGAAGUAGGUGUGCAAAAUUAAACAGAAGUCUGUAAAUUUGCCCUAAUUCCAGUGUACCUUAUUUGGAUGAAUAAUAAUUUAACCUGUUGGGAUUUUGUUUGUCAUUUGUCUGUUUAGUCAGCAGCCAUAGUAACUGAUUAAUUUUCUGAUCGUCGUGUUUGGUUAAAGGACAGAAUAAAGCAUUGUUUGCUGCUGGCCUUAAUGCUCAGAGUAUACUACAUUUCCCCAUUUAUUGCAAGCUUGAGAGCAAAGAGAAAUGAAAUAUUUAUACUGUGCCAAUUUUAUACAAAUAGUGCAGAAUAUGCACAUUUUGAAUUGUAAUGGAUCAUUUGGGGUUGAAAUGAGGGGAAUAAAAAUUAACUUAGAAGCAGAUAAACUAUAAAAUGCAAGAAAAAAUGUACUUGAAUUUGGUUUAAACUUGGUUAUACCUCUUUUUUUCUGGUAAAUUAUUUAAGUUAAAAAUUAAUCCAGUCUAGUUUAUGUAAUUAAAUUUGUUGAUGUUUCAACAGCUAUGCAAAUAUUCAGUGCUAGCCAAAAGGUAGUCUUAAAAUUAAGUCCUUCAUUAAGGGCAUUUUCAAAAUAUUUAAUUAAAAAUGGCGAUCUGAGUUAAACCCAAGCAUGCGUAACUUACUAACUCUGGAAUGAUAUGGUGCACUUUUGCUGUAAUAAAUUGUGUGUUUAUUCCAAAAUAAUGCAAUUUUCCUAAAUGUGCAGAAAAUUAAUUGUAUCUUCAACCUAUACUUUCAACUGGUCUUAUAUCCACUUACAGAGUUUGUAUAAUUAGGUCACUUUUUGUGCUGUUCAACUUUAAAGGCAGUGAUUUACACUGAUGUGCAGUAAUGUAGGUUAAGCCAGUCUUGGCUGAAUGUCCAUCUAUGUGUAGCUGGUGAACAUUUAGACUUAGCUAACCAAAGUGUUAAAGGGAUUAGUGUUUUUACCCAAACUUGAUCUAGACUUCAAUCAGCAACAAGCUGCAUAACAUGUUUUGUAAAAUAAUAGGUUCUCCUGUUUAUUUUCUCAGCUCAGUCUGAUUAACUGCUAUGACCUUACAAUUGUGCAGACUGAUAUUAGCCAGCAACAAAUAAUUGGGAAUUUGCUUUUAUGUGUCUCUUGGCACAACGCUAUACUGAAGAGUCUGGGUGUGUGUCUUUAAAUUCCAAGUUAUUGUCUAAUUUAAUUUCUUCAGCAAAAGUCACCUGGGGUGGCACAAUGUUUGAGCAGGUCUGCAACAAAUCAGUGAUGCCCGAAUGUUGGUAGAUAGUAUCUUCAACUUGGUAAAAUGUUACAAACCACAAAUUUCACAAGAGUGCCACAAGAAAACUGAUUCAUUAUUUUAUGUUCCAUUAUUUUGGAAUGAAAUGCAUCAAAAUUAAUUUUCACUGUCGCUAAUGGUCAGGAUUCUUCUGCCUAUAUGCCUAUAUAUAAUAUUUAUUGAAAUCUAUAAUGUAUCCCCCAUGAUACAAGAUUGACGCUUUUACUGAAAAUGUUGAUGCACUGUUAUUAGUAUAUUCCAACAGAUGGUAUCAUAAUUUUGAAGAUCACUGCAAAACUAGGUUUUUUCACAGGGAUGUGCAAACUUCACUUUUGUUUAUGGUGAGCCAUUUAUUUAGUGAAGUAUUUGUGCUUAAAUCAGGUCAGUUUAAUUUUUCCAAAUUAGAUUUACCUACAAUUUAAUGUCUUCACCUUCAGACUUCUCAGAUUCUAACAGUUAAAUUAAACUUCUGCUCCUUGCAGAGUUUUUCAGAGAUCAAACAAAGGAUUUGAAUGUCUGAGUUUGCCAUACUGCUUUAACUUUUGCAGCGUGGGACCAGUAGACAUCAUUCUUUAGAGAUGUCCUAUCAUCUGGAUCAAUUUCCAUUUACCACUUUUUUUUCUAGGAUGACAAAUGGAAGGAAAACAUAAUUUUUUUAAUAAGAAGUUCUUUUAUACUGUUCAAUUAUAAAAUGCAUAGGUAUUUUCCAUUUCUCAUAUGCAAAAUGUUGUUUGCCAAAUGAUCACUCUGAAGAGGAAAUAGUUGAACACUUGUCAAGAGAAUGUUCUGAGAUUUAGUAUGAUGAUGGCAGCCAGCUUUGCUCAAUUUGAUAGUAUUUUUAAAAAAUAUGUACAACCGCCUGUAACAGCAAGUGGCCUUUUAGCUCAUCCACAGUUUAUUGGUGUGGAGUUGUGCUUAUGAAGAGAUUUGGUGCCUUUAGUUUUGUCUGUGCCUACAAUUAUGCUAGAUGAUAUUCAUAAUCUUUUGAUGUUAUUUGUCCUCAGGAACACAUUAAACUAUGUUUUUCCUUUGCAAACCAUGCCUUUCCUUCCCAUGUUUAAUUCUAAUGUUACAGAAUAUUUCACUCUUAGAUUUAAUAUCAUUUCAAAAUGGAAAGCUUUGAAGUGGUGAUAGUUUUUUGUAAAAUGUUAACAGGUGAUUUUAGCCCAAUUUGCAGGAGAAGGAACCCAUAGAGUCAGGUGGAUUCAAUAUCAUUUCAUUGCUUCAACAGUAAGUAACAUUAGGAAAAACCAAGCAAGAAUUGGCAAAAGAUUGAGUUUUCUGGUGGACAUUAGGUUAAAAUUGUCUCCAAGUAACUUGUCUGAUUUUCAUUUCUUGCAUUAACCAAAAGUCAAAACUUAUUGUCGUCAUUGAUUUUAUUUUAGGUUAAGCAUUCCCUUGAUAAUAUCUUGACUUGUGUAUAAGUGGUGAAAAUACUGCAGAUAGAAAAUGAUGCCUAAUUAUAGAGGGGUGGAUAAUUCCCUCAGAUACUUGCAUUUCGUUGGUAAUUGUUAACUAGAUAACAACCGAUAUCUGUAAUGAGUAAUGAACCAUCAGUGGAAUCACAGUAUCCCAACUGUUUUUAUCCCAACUAUAUUUCAAUGGAUGCAAAGAAGACAGUUUAGAAAAUAGUAAAGAUGAAGUCAUUUUGAUAUCUAAAAUAUCAUGCAAUGCUGACAUUGAGGUAAUCAUUAAUUGCUAUAAACUAAAUCUUCAUGAUGGCUUUAAUUUUAUUUAUUGAAAUGUUUUCCUCUUGCCCAUUCCAAUAACAUUGAACAACAAAAUUCAGAGAUUGUUGUAAAUUUAGGAAAUGGACACAUGGUACUAGUGUUUCAAAGUAUGCAUUCCAACCUUAACAAGAAGGUAUUUUUGCUUUAUUGUGCCCAUUUUCUUCCAGCACCUGUGCAUAUCCUACUCCCAUUCCAAACCCUCAUUGUUAAAUCAUAUUUUCCCUGCAAAUCAUGGUAAAAUUCCUAAAGGAAAUAACUUUUUAAAAUGUACUUUGCAAUUGACUUACUCCCUGGAAUUCUAACAUUUAGAGACUGCACAAAAUCAAUAUGAAUCUAUCUUUGUUUUCCAACUUUGAAACAGAAAAUGCUGUGAAUAAUCAGCACCUAUGGAGAAGCAUAACUUUUCACAGGUUUUUGGCUCUGUUUCGCAACACUUUGCAUCCCUACAUCCAUCCCAUGGUUCUGUAAUCUACUUAGAGCUUUAUAACUCCGCUCUGUCCCUUUAUAUUGUGGUAAAAUUAAAAUAAUAUAAACAGGCGCGUUUCUUUUAUUGCCAAUGACAAAGGCUGAGUAAUUAAAUGCAAUACUUUACAGCAUUAUGCUAUUUAGCCAAUCUGUUAUCAAAAUCGAAUCAUGUUAUAUCAGCAGAGAUUAUCACCCUAACAUCUCUCAAGAUACACUAAUGUAUUCUAUUUUUUAAAAAUUAGUUUAAUCUUGAGCAAGAUUAAUAAAAUUUGAGUAUCAAUUUGAAUGGGUACAACUCCAUAAAAUCUGGCAUCUUCCACUAAUUUUUAGCCUUAAUAAUAUAAGCAGGUUGAAUGGAAUCAUUUAUUUUGGAUACUCUCAAGAAGAAAUUUCACCUGAGUUGCUUAAAAUGUGCCUAUGUGGUUAAUGUCAGAAAGAUGUUCAAUUGGAGACUACAUUGGAAUGAGAUAAAUAGUAACGUGAAAUAGGAAAUGCAUUUUCUCUUCCUUCCUUUCUUCCCCUCCCCCACCACCUAUCUCAGAGAUGCCAAAACAAUUAGUAUUGACAUGACCCUCCUUCCCCUAUCAGCUAAAGAACUAUGGUUGAAGGUGUAAUUAGUAAUGAAGGCAUUGGCACAAUUGCGUACCAUUCUGUUUCAUAGUUGAAAUUUCCCUAUUUUUCAAUUAUUCUGUGCAUGUGCACAGGCUGCCUUGAUAAAAAUCUAUCUUGUUUUUGUUAAUUGAAAUAUACUACAAAAAUAAUACCCCUUGAUCAUAAAUUAUAAACACUGUGUUUCUCAGGCAUUGUUUUGAACAACAUAUUAUAUUGCACAAUGGAAUUGUCCUAAAAUGUAAUUUAAAAUCUCCACAUUUGUCAGAUAAUGAUGCAGUAGUUUCAAUGAAUUAAUUUUCUGGAUGUGUUGCUUGAUAUUUUUGUCUUUGCGCAUGAUGUAUUAAAGAAUGAUAACUAAGAACAAUGAUUUCCACUUGCAUUUUGUAUUGCAUACACAGCUUAUUUGGAAAUUCUGCCUCGCUUACAGAAGAGGUUUAUUAUCCAGAGCAAAUGGGCUUUCAAAAGACUGCCUCAAAAAGAAUCCUAUAAUCUUCAGACAUGCAGUGUUUAGCAUGUUAUUUCAUUUUUUAUAUUAAAAUACAUUAAUUUACUGCAAAAGUUAUAAAGCUAGUUCAAUUUCUGAACAAGCUUAAUAGUUUUGUGCAUGGCUAACAUAUGCUAUGACUGAAUUGAUUCACUACCUAUAGUUUAAGCCUUGAAUUAAUUACAAAUACUAAAGUUUUGUUUUAUAUUGACAUAAAUUCCUGAGAUGUUAGCUCAAAGAUGAACUAUAUCAAUUUAAGGAAAUGUGUAUCAUUGACUAUGCUUUUGAGUUCCAGGUAGGAGCACAGUAUUGUAGGAGUGACAUUUAAGAUUUUGUAAUAACUGUUUAAAAUAUUGAAUAAUGAUAGAAUUAAUAGAUAUUGAUUUAAUACAGGCAGUUAACUAAGAUCUUGGUUUUCAAUAAUGGUCCAUGAUUUACUGUGCUGUAUAUUUUGCAAUAUAGUGGGUAAUGUUUCCAUACAUUUUGCAUUUUGGAGGCUAAUAUGUGUGAUAAAGUGCAAUGAAUCAAAUCAUGUGAUUAUUGCGUUUUGAUAUUUUAUUUGGGAAGAAGAGCACAAUUUCCAAAGCUGACUACGGCAGUGCCAAAUUGGAAUGUCUGAUAUGAAUUUUAAUUUCUACUCCUGCAUAGACAAAUUUAUUAAUUAGUGGUAGGAUUUUCUGAUUUUGGAGAGACGGACAAAGAGUUGCAGAAUAAUGGUGCCCACUUCUGCAGGAGCAAAAUUCACUGUUGCACUGAAAGCAGCAAUAGCGACUAUUAAGUACUGUAUCUGGCAACUUUGUGACAAAGGCAAAAGGCUAUGAGCUCCAGUGUGUGGAUUAGAACAACAUGGGUUAAUAGUUUUUUUAAAGUUUAAACAUGUUGCACAUUAGAGAUUUUCUCCAAAGUAUCCACUUUAAAAUAGCUGUUUAUUAAUUUUCCUGGGACAUUGUUUUUGCCAAAUUGUUUCAAUUUUGAUCUCAGGACUGUUUAUAUAUGUUAACUGAUGAAUCAGAUUAUUCAGGGAGAGGUGUUUACCUAACUGGAAAAUUUCAGUUUUCUUAUGAAAGGAAAAACAUUGGCAGUUUAUUUUAUUUUUGACAAUUUAUUGUAAAUUGUGCAUAUGUAAAUAUAUAGAAACUUGAAAUUUUUGCCUUAGCAGCAUAGAAUCUUGUGUUAAUUAGUGUAUGUGGCUGUAGUUAUGCUAUUUUCCAGGUUUAUGCAGAAAAUUGAUUCCCAUUGUAAAAAUAAAAUCAUUGUUUAAAAAUAA